AUGGAAGGCAUUGUCGAGGCAGAGGGAGGUCGCCUGGAAGAAUGGGGUGGGGGAUCCACAGAAGAAGCACCAGACAAUUCCAGAGUCGGCGUGCCGAUGGAGGAAGGCGGUGCGGGCAAGGACAAUAGGGGUAACAGUUCGAGGGCUGGGACAGAGACUGUGCGGACUGAGGAACUCCCCGCUGGACGGCCUGCAUCGGGGAAUCAGCGGGUUGGGGUUGUCGACAAUGCCGACUCCGAGGUCCGCAUUGUCGGGCAUAUACAUAGGGGUAACAGUUCAGGGGCUGGGACAGCGACUGUGCGGACUAAGGACCUCCCCGCUGGACGGCCUGCAUCGGGGAAUCAGCGGGUUGGGGUUGUCGACGAUGCUGACUCCGAGGUCCGCAUUGUCGGGCAUAUACUACCGAGAGAAACUAAAUCGCAAGACAACGAACCUCGAGGGGGAGCAUCAGCGGGCAAACUGGGGAGCUUUGCGGGGAUGAGCUUUCAGUUGGAUUCGGACGAUGAUGAUGACGCCUCAACCAGCUCCUCCUAUGGGCCAACUGGGGCCAUUGACGAACCCGCCAUCUCAAGCACACAUUUUGACCGACACAUGAGGUCCUUGGAAUGGAUGUAUGCUCAGCUGCAACUGCGGGAAAACAACUAUAUUCGACUGCGGAACCUGCUCAUGCGAGACCUCGCUCUGGUCGAGGCGGCGAUAUGGAACAAAGAGGAAGAGAAUGAACAGAGGGAAAGGACAUCAAGAUGA